GCCACUUGAGGACGAAUGAGCCUAGAAACUGGAACUGAGAUUGUCCAGGCUCCACUUUCCCCGGCCUCGUUCUUUACCACUGCCACGGAAUUGAAGGACUCUGGUACAAUUGCGAAUAGAUUCUCUUCUCGUGAUUUCCAGGAGUGUCGUAGUGGAUCGCCGAUCUUCUUGAGGUUGAAGAUUUCAGUGCCUGCGUUUUGGGGAUAACUUGUUCGUGAGAACGACUGCCGAGCGUGCGUGCGUGCUUGCUUGCUUGCCUGCUUAUACUUCUCGACAUUCCUCGUUGAUGUUGGGCAACUUGAGAUCUCUGUCCAUUGUGAUGAGUUUCUAGGAUCUCGAAGUCGGGGUCCAAAAUCAAGUGCAUUUCUGCGGCAGCUGGAACUGAAGGCAGAUCUGGAUCUCCUCUGACGUCCACUCUCGUCUUCCUCAUUUCCUGGUUCAAUUAUUCGUUUUUUACGACAUGGAGGAAAGGAACGCCGAGCUAGAUCCAGAGUUGUGGGACAGACUUCCUCCUGAACUGUUGGAAAAAGUGCUCGCCAAGCUCCCCCUCACAAGCCUCUUGUCAUUUCGUGCCGUGUGCUCACAGUGGAAAUCCAUGAUAGAAUCUCCUCGGAUUGUGUACGAAGGGCCACCUGGGAAGCCAGUGCUGUUUUAUCAUCACCCUGGCGGUCCUCUUGUAGCAGGGGGAGAUAGACUACCACCUUCUCUUUUGUUCCCGAACUACGGUUCCAAAUCCUGGAAGCGAGAGUCUCUUCCAUUUUCAGACGAGAAGAACAAUCUUGUUGCCUCUGAUGGAGGUUUGUUGGUGUUCAGCAGUGACUACAACCCUGACACCUUCAUUAUCUAUAAUCCGCUGUCAAAACGAUGGAGAGAGAUACAGUUGCCUUCAUCUGUUCUUCCUAGACUUCCUCGGGGUGCAAUUUUUCAAGAUCCAUUCAGCGUCAUGCUCGUCGGCUUGACUGUGAAUCGGGACACAGGAGUUUACAAGCUACUCGUGGCAGGAAUACAUGAAGAUGGGCCACGAGAUGCUCUAAUCUAUGACUCGUCCUUGAAGGAUUGGCAGAGAUGUGCCAGUGUACCUCCCAUGGCAACCUCAUUAACCAAUGGAGAAUGGAUCAGCGAGAGAGGUUUAUGCUGUGGUGGUAAUCUCUAUUGGCAUGUUUACGAGUCCAGCAGUAAUCAGAUCAUCAAAGCUUUAUUGAAAUAUUAUGUGGAGACCAAUGUAUGGGCAGUUGUGCAAGAGCUCACCCCCUGUGAUUUGCCCUCCGAUUUCCAUAUCACUGCGCAUGAUGGAAACAUUCUGCUGCUGGACUGGUCUGACAGGGAUAAUUUCGAUGAGAAUGUAGGGUUAAGCGACCUCCAGUCAUUAGGACUAGAGGUCCGUCAAUUAAUUCAUGUCGAGAAUCUCGGAUUGGUAGAUCUGAUAUUCGAUGCAAGUGAAGGAACUCAUCAUCCCAGUAAGAGUAUUGCUGAAGGGGAGUGCUUGUACACUGUAUAUGAUAGCUUAGCAUUUGAAGACCUGUCCCACAAGGUGGUCGAAUAUAAUUCCCGUACAAAUGUACUCACCUGGUUACCACCAAUGGACUUCAUUCCUAAUCCAUAUAGUUUAUGUGCUUUCGCACCAAGCCUGAAACCUUUAGUUUAGACGAAGAUCCGAGCAUUAGCCGUCACGAGGAUUCCCCGUUCAUCAACUGGAAGUAGGGUAGGAAGUUAUGGAGUUAUGCGUUUCUUAUUUCUUGUCUUAUGUAUAAAAAAAAAUCUUAUGCGAGGUCAGUUGUAUGCUCCUCGCAUAAGCUUAGUUACGAAGUGCAAUCGUAUUUUCAACAUUGUCUCUUCCGCUCCGUCCUCUCUACGACUGUAUGUUGUGUAGGUUGUUAGCGCGUAAACGUACGUUACUUGCACGCACCAGGAGCUCGACCAGCUUCAACGCAUGAUCAAGCACUGCUCUUAGGGUGUCGACCUGGGUGUUCAAUCAGGCGUACGAUUUCUUCUUCGUGAGGUGGAGAGUGGGAAUUAGUGAUGCGACACGCACAGCCUCAACCCUUUCUCCAGCUUCACACACAAUUUGAAUGCGGCGAGGAUGUGUUUGCGUAAAGAAGAAACACAUUUUCUAUUCGUAGCGGAUUAACUUUCGUAUCAUCGAGUCUUGUUGUGAUUUUAUGUUUCUGCUGCAUUGUAUUCUAGCCAGAAGCGAAAUGUAUAGUCAAGCUGUGUUCUGUGAUGGUAUCAAAAUAGAUGAGUCCCACGCUGUCAAUUGUAAGAAAUAUAACGU